UGACAGGAGGCGAGCGGGAGGUAAUCCGCUCCUUCCUGGCCACUCCCAUUGAAAACGGAGCUGAUUCUAGUGAUGCUGCGGCGCAAGGCUCUAUCUCGCGCAGCAGCAGUCAUGGCGACAGUGGUCCAACCGCUCACUCUGGAUCGAGAUGUGGCCCGGGCGAUCGAGCUGCUGGAGAAGCUUCUGGAGACGGGGGAUGUCCCGGGUCACAAGCUGCAGUCGCUGAAGAAGGUCCUGCAGAGCGAGUUCUGCACCGCCAUCCGAGAGGUGUAUCAGUACAUGCAUGAAACCAUUACAGUGAACGGAUGUCCUGAGUACCAGGCCCGAGCAACAGCUAAGGCCACCGUGGCGGCGUUCGCGGCCAGCGAGGGCCACUCCCACCCGCGUGUGGUGGAGCUGCCCAAGACGGAGGAGGGGCUGGGCUUCAACGUGAUGGGCGGCAAGGAGCAGAACUCGCCCAUCUACAUCUCCCGCAUCAUCCCGGGGGGCGUGGCCGAGAGGCACGGGGGCCUGAAGCGGGGGGACCAGCUUCUGUCCGUCAACGGAGUGAGCGUGGAGGGGGAGCACCACGAGAAGGCAGUGGAGCUCCUGAAGGCCGCCAAGGACAGCGUGAAGCUGGUGGUGCGCUACACGCCCAAGGUGCUGGAGGAGAUGGAGGCGCGCUUCGAGAAGCUGCGGACCGCCCGGCGCCGCCAGCAGCAGCAGCUCCUCAUGCAGCAGCAGCAGCAGCAGCAGCAGCAGAACCUGACGGCCCAGCAGAACCACACGUCGUAGUGUAUUCCACAAGAAGAAGAAAUAGAAGACGUGAACGUGGUCCGUCCCCCUUGGCCGCGGGAGGACCCGGGCGGAUAGCACAAAAAGCACGAUAGCGCAGCUGUGGCAUUGUCUUCUGCUGCCUCGCGAAACAUCGUUGCCAUAGCAAUAAAAAGCGUAAAGACACCUGGAUAUCGCUUCAAUCGUAGUUAAUUGCGCAGAGAGUUUACUGUUUCGAUGACUGAACGAAAACACACCCUUGCGUUGCGUGAGGGACAAAACAAUUUUCGGCUGGCAGCGUGUUUCGACGGGUGGCUUUAAACAGUGCUGCACAGUACGUGCUCUGGGUGAACUCUACCUUUUGUGUAUUACCUGUAGUUUUUGCAGUUGUGACAUGAAAACCUUACAAUGUGUAUUCUUAAAAUGUGUACAAUGGUGCUUUUAAUGACCUGUUCGGAGACAGAACCACACUGACCACGGUCUGUUUUUAAACGUGUAACCUUUCUCAUCGAACCUUCCUAGAGUUUGUGAUAUUUAUUUGUCCUCUGUUUCUAAGUGACUUAAGAUUUUUAUGGAGUUCAUUUUGCCAUAGCUGCGUAUAGUUCAUUUUUAAAAGGCGUAUAUCGAUAUUUGUGUUUUACAUUUGUGUUAUUGGACAUCAAUUUAUUUUUGUGUCAGAUGUUGGGUCCUAAUUUGGAUAAAUGUGAACUUUUUUACCUGACGUGUAGCAAGAUUAAAUAUUUUAUAUUGAAUUUAGUGGGUUUAGCAAUAAAACUAUUUGAUACAACACAUUGUGUAUGAUGAUAUAAAGAACUGAGAAUAAUCUUUGAUUAGACAAUAGUGAAAUCAAACUAUCUUACACAUACCAUGUGGUCAACAAAAAGAAAUAUAUAUGGAAAAGUGUAUCGCAGGUUCUCCUCCGAGAAUGGGUUUGAAUAGAAAUUCAAGUCCAUACAUCUGAGUUUACUAAAAGAACCUAGGUUCCUAAUUUUGCCAUUUUAUUGCUGUGUUAUAACUUACCAAACAUAAUUAAAUAAACAAAUUCCAAUUCUUAAUCUUAAUCAUGAUUGUCAUAUUAGUAUUAUACAGAUGAUAUGAAUAGCAUAACUGGAUGGCAACGCACAUUAAUACAUUAAUUAGUGCAUUAAUAAUCUGUUACAGGAAGGUAAUCCUCUGGUAAUCGUUUUGUUCAUUUAAAAUAUUUCUGAUUUGUAAUUUGUGUCCGUCUUUCCUUAAGUGUAAUCAUAUUCCACAGAGAUUUAUUUAUGUGUAAAAUACUCAUAAAUAUGUGAAAUAUCAAUUACAGUGCAUUUGUCAUGCAGUAUAUGAUUAAUAUAUUUAAAAAGCAUGAUGUAGCAUUAAGCAGUAACCACGCCCAACAGUUUAAUACCCCAUUGGAAAAUUAUAUGAGAGAACUGUUUUGGAUGCCCAGGUGUUUUUUUAUUUACAGCAGCAUAAACACAGGCCUACUGUCUCACCUGUAUUAUACAGGUGACAUUGGAUCUGUGCUUUAACACACCACCUUUAAACAUGUGUAUGAUAUGUAUAUUGUCAGUGCCAUGCAAAAACUUUGCAAGUAUAUUUUUCUCAUUUCUGUAAAAAAAAGAAGAAAAAAGAAAACAUGACUAAACCAUAAUUCAUAGUUUUAUGUUCCUGAAAAUUAAUGUUUUUGUUUUGUUUUUUUGGAUAUUCAAGGUUCUUGCAUGACACCCAUAUCUCAGUCUACAGUAUGAGGAAAUCCUAUUUUAACGGGAAACAUGGAUCAAUUCGCAAGUUUGGAUUCUAAUAGAAAGUAGAAAGCCGCCAAUUUUUCAACAUUGUAGUAUUUUAUGUGUUUUGUUGGACACUGGUGUUGUUAAAAAGGGUUCACAUGUAGUAAACAUGCUGCAUUUUUGUCUUUAGACGUUUUUCAUAUAACAUCUGAACAUUAAGCAAGGCCUGCUUCAUACCAUGCACCAUCACGUCAUACAAAGCUGUGAAUGCCGUUCUAUUCAGUUUUUUUCUACAGUUCACUGAUUCCCUUCCCUGUUCUGUAGACUGAGGGGCUCUUGUCUGUCUAAACAGUGUGAUUUGUCCUUAACUUUUACUGCAGUUUCAAAUUAAGGCUUAAAUUAAUUAUAGUAACUGUUUACUUUUUUGGUGUUUGUUUCUUAUGUAACAUUGUGUUCUUUAAAAAUUGGCCAAAAAUGUUGCCUGGCAAAAAAUAAAUACAUAAAGAAAAAGUUAAAGACAUAUUACACUGCAGUUAGAUUCAACAGAAGCCCUACUCAGUUUCUUAGAAACUACUGCCAAUUUAAAGGGUGGGUAUACUGUACUAUACAGACAAAAUGGUGAUAUGCAAUUGUUAUAAAUAUUAUAUUUGUAUAAAUAAAUAUAUACCUGUGUGUAUUAAACAA